AUGGUAGAAGCGACAAACUUCAUCAUCGUCGAUAACAGAAGUGAGAACAAGUCCAUCAGCGCAUCGUGUGACAGCGUUUUAGACAAGAAUGGGAAUUUUAUUUUUAAAUCUUACCAUCCGCUUUACAAGCUAACGUACAAGCACAUUUAUAAAUACAAGAGGAUAACGUGCAUCAGCACCGAUGUGAUUUUCAAUGAGAACGGGGGUCCGUACACGCCGCUGUACCACUACUACUACGAGGACGUGAGCAGCCCCUGCUCCAGUCGGCGCGGGGGGGUCGACGCCGGCGCGCAGACCGAGGCGGAGCCGGUGGGAGCAGCAGAACAAGCAGCGGAGCCAGCAGCAGAAUCGGCGGCAGAAUCGGCAGUAGAACCAUCAGCAGAACUGGCAACCGAACCAGCAGCGGAACCCCUCGCAGAACUGAACGACGGCGACGGCGACCUGGACGAGGCCACCUACAACGAGCGCGCGCCGAAGCAAAAGUGCCUGAGGUACUCCCUGUACGAACUGCUGCUGCUGCGCUUUUUGGAAGUAAAGGCCGACGACCACGCCGGUAACCCGGAGGAAGCCAAAAAUGAAUACUGCUUUAUUAAGGAGAAUAAGAAUAACAAGGCGCCCCUGAACAAGUUUAACCGAGACAGGUUUUCCCCAAACAAUGCCAUGCAUAUGAUGAACCCAGGGUAUACCUCCAACUAUGGCAACCACGUAAAUUUCGCUAGUCACUCCAAUUUUGGAGGUCUCUUAAACGCAUCUAUGAACCCAAAUGGAGGUGGAAUCAUCCCAAAUUAUGUUAAAGUAAGAGCUUCCUUCAAUGAAGAACACUACAAGGGAAGUAAGCACCACCAAGGAUUUACACCCCACAUGGCAAGUACCUUUAACAUUAGGUCUUUUAAAAAUGCGGACAAUAGUUUAUACCAUCUGCCCGAAAAUAACCUCUACAUUGACAAUGAGGGAAAAAUGCAUCUAACUGGACAGGAGUUUUUUAUGGCUAACCAGAACCACUUUCACAACAAAAUGGGAAUGAAUAACAAAUACGAUAAGGAGAAGAGAGCGUUUCAUUUUUCCAAUGCUGCAGAUUUAGGUGGUGGUAGGGACGUCUCACUCGCGCACGACUUCUCCACCGCUCAGGAGCAGUCUACCCCAUUUGACCACCUCCGUCCACAUGACCAUCCAGACAAAAAAAAAAACCAAGCCAGUGAAGCAGACCGAUACUGGGACCACCCCUCCCAUUAUGCCAAGAGAAAUAACAAUGAAAUUUUUACCCUGGGCGAUAUAAAAAAAUUUUGGAAAAACAAUGAAAAGGCAAAGAAUCCAAAUUUCGGUGAGCAAAAUAAUUAUAGCAUUUUUAAAGACAACGAUGAGGAGAACCUCACCAAAAGUAAUUUCGCCAGAUGGUUUAAAAACAGUAAUGCGAGUAACCAGGAGGAGCAUGUGGACAUCCUCACCUACGUGAAUGGGCAUAGUGGACAUAGUGCUGGCGCGGUGGACGGCGCCGAGGGGAAGAGCGGCCCGAGGGUCCUCGGCUCCUCGGCCAGGCCCAGCCGGAACUACGAGGGCGGUAUUAGCGGUAUUAGCGGCGUUGGCGGUGUUGGCGGUGUUGGCGGCGUUGCCUCCUUUGGCGGCGCGAAGGCGGAUGACGGCGCCCUGGGCGCGCAGGCCGACCAGCCCCAAAUAAGCAGCACCGUGGCGGAGCUCCUCAUGAAGCAAAUUUCCAUCCUGAAAGAGCGCAGCGGCUCGGAGUACGCCGACAACCGGACGCACGCGGAGGACCCCUUCGACAGCACGUGGCACGCUGGAAGCAGCAACGCGGGCCUGAGCCAUCUGAGCAGCUUGGCCAGUCGGAGCCACGUUGGAGGGGCUAACCACAUUGGAGGGGCCAACCACAUUGGAGGGGCAAACCAUAUUGGAAGUGCAAACCACAUUGGAGGGGCUAACCACAUCGUGGGCGGGCACAAAGAACUGCACCCAAGGGAUGGGGGGAAAGGCCUCCUGGACAUCUUCCGAUCGAGCAAUUCAAACCGAAUGACCAAUGAGCAGCCCCCCUCUUUCCAGCUCCCCCGUCGCGGAAGCCGUGGGAACAACGCCAACAUGACGAACGUGAAUGUCGCCAAUUUGUCUAGCCUGGCCAACGCAUCUAACAUAGCGAAUAUCGCCAAUAUGGUAAACUUGGCAAACUUAGCAAAUAUAACUAGCAAUGAACAUUAUAGUAGAGCCCACCAUAAGCACUACCCGGAGGAGAACACCCUGGCUUAUGGUAACCUCGUGGCAGACACCCUCCAUAAUGAUGGCGCUAAUAGAAGCAAUAACGACGUCACUAGUCUGGAUGGCAUCCUCAUCAAUAGGAGACCGGCUCACCCCUUCUUACAAAACAGUGCAAGCAACGUUAAGAAUAACCCACCAAGUAACGCCCUAGGAAAGAAGAUCCACAACGGGGAACAUUUCGCUGCAUCUAAUAGUGCCAACCAAGAAGCGCUUAAAAAUCAGGGCAGCAGCCCCCCACAAGGAAACAUAAACAUAACUCCUAUUAUUAACUCGCUGCUUCGUCUAGAUAACGACCAUACACAUGGGGAUAGCGGCGGCAGUGUGGCCUACAACUUGGCAGAUAAUAACUCCAUUCCAGAGGGCAUUAAAAACGCCAAGGUGAACAACGUCCUGGAUUCGCUCAAGUCCCUGCUCAAGGCGUCACGGAAUGGCGCGGCGAGCGGGGUGGGCGGUGUUAGCGGGAUUAGCGGCAUGAGCGGAAUUGGCAGCAUCGGCGGGAUGAGCGGCCUGCCCAGCAUCGGCAGCAUGGGAGGACCUCCCCCCCUGGGCGGGAACAGCAAAAACUUCGGCGGCGCCAAGGGUGGCCACCACCAAAACAACAAGAACGCCAACUACCACGCACAGCAAAUGUACCCACCGCAGCACAUGCUCCAGCACUGUGGACCCCCCAUUCAAGAUUUUUACAAAAAGAAGUUCACGAAGAAGGACGGCAUCAAAUACAACUCCAAGCACGCGGAGGUGGACAUCACCACCAAUGAAACUAUCAUGGUACAACGGAAGGACGAAAGAAAGAGGAAACCCUGA